CAUACACAGGAAAAUGGCGACUGCAGGGGGAAUGCAGCCGUGGUGGCAAAUGCCCCUCCCUCCUGGGUUUGAGGCCAAAUAUGACUACAAUCAAAGAAGAUAUUUUUAUAUCAAUCAUAACACCAGGGUCACACAGUGGGAAGACCCAAGAAAAGCCUACUAUGAAAGACAAAGUGCCCAGACUGCCCAGCCGAUACCCAUGAAGCCAAAGCCUACACCAGCAAGUCAGGGAACGACAAGCCAUGGAGGAGUAGCUGAAACUAGCUUCUCAAGAAGACCAGAUGACUUUGAGGACAAGAAGGCAAAAAUAAAGCAGUCAUUCCCCACUGCAGAUAUGGACAUCAUUGUCAAUAUCUUGGAGGGAAAUAAUUAUGACCUGUUCAGAGCUAGAGAACAGUUAAGAAGUAUGGGGUACUCUGAAUCCAGUUCAUUGGCCAGACCAGCACCGGCACAAACACGAGCUGCAACUCGUUCACGUUCUCCUUCACCAGCACCUGCUCCUAAACAACUGUCAGAUAGUGAGAAGGAACGAUUGAAAGUCAAACUGACCAAUGAGUUCAGUGAGCCCAUGUCUGUCAUUGAUAUGGUAGUGGAAGUGUGUCAGUAUGAUGAAACCAAGGCAAGAGCCUUGCUAACCAGCAUGGCUGCAGAUAAAAAGAAAGAUAAGAAGAGCACCAGCACACCAGGCACCACCAGCACCUCUAUUGGUCCCGCACAGCCUGCUAGUGCAGCACGCAGAAGUGUCAGCCCUACGGCCAGUGAUACAUCAUCCAGACCCAGCACAGCCACUUCAAAGUCUUCAGCAGCAAGCUCAGCAAGAAGUUCAAGGUCACCUUCAACACAGCCAGAGCCAGAACCUAAACCAAAGCCCAAAGCUGUGCCCAAAAAAGCACCUGCCAAGAAGCAGCAGACCAGAGCUUCUCCAGCAAGACAUGCCAGUCCUGUCCCUGCCCGUGUUGCACCAACACCAGUAGCUUUCCAGUCUGAGAACAGAAUUCAAGCCAAGGGGCCAGACCCUUCACUGCGAAAGGGCCCAGAUAAGUCUUCUCUACUGGAGGAAUACCUUGCUAUCCAAGGUGCCAAUCCAGAUAAUCACAAGGGACCAGACCCAGCCAAUAUUGGGAGUAGAAUAAGAGCUGUUGGAAGUGACCGCAGUAUUCGAGCUGGACCUCAGUAUGAUAACAAGGCAGGUCCUAACCAAGAUUUAGUGGAUGGUUCAAUGUUUGGCAGAAGGCCAGUGGUGACAUGCCUUUAAAAAAUGAAUUCGUUAGAAAGGAGAUAAUUAUUUGAGGGGAAACAACUAAUACAUUUUUAUAUACAUUUGGUCCUUAUUGCACUUGAAGAGGUACAUACCUUAUUUGUUUGAAUCUUUCAUUUUUUAGACCUUCAAAUAUUGUAAAUAUGUAAAAAUAUUAACAAAAAAUUUCAUGAAGGGUGUACAAUAUCAUUUGAAUCAUCCUUUAUUAGAUAACAACAUACAAAAAUCUGAAUCUCCAUUGUCAGAAAUAUUUGGUCUAUUCCCCCCUCUGCCAAGACACAACUUAACUGUAAAUAUCUUACGUAUUGUAAAGAUUAUCUUCUAACUACUGUGACUGUGUAUAGGAAUUUUAUAAUUUAUUGAUACCUCUAUUUUAUACAAGAUUAAGUUUUUAAAUGUUCUGAGAUAUAUUUGUUUAUAUAUGUGUGCAAAGGAAAAUCACUGAACAUUUACCAUGUAUUUUGUUAUUUUAACCAGAAAUAUUGAUUUACAUUAUCCCCUCUCAUUUUGUGUGCAAAUGUAAAUGUAACUAAUUAUUUAAUAAACUUUUUCACUUCUGCAGCUGAAUGAGGAAUAACACUGGUUACUGGUAAUAGGUUGCAGCUACCACAAUAUAAUAAGUGUCAUUGCUGCGCUUCUACAUGUAGAAGAUAUAAUGUUGAAUGUUCUUAAUAUUGCUUUUGAAGGAUCUGCAUGUGCGACUUGUUAAAGUGGAAUAAAUGCAUGAGGCAUUUUCAUUUGGUAAUAUGUAUGUAUGUCAUUCAAAACCAUCCAAGGAUUUGUUUGGGGACUAAGUUUUAUUUCCCUGUUAGUUUUAUUGCAAUUAUAUUUCUUAUAAAACCCCUCAGAACAAUCCUCUUCAAAGAUGGAAAACUUAAUUUAUUGCAUAUUCUUAGCAAUUGUAUUUUAGAAUUUUAACUUUCACAAUUUUUUUUUUUUUUUUUGCCAGAAAAGCAAAAACCUCCGGCAAGUGUUCAUUUUAACGGGUAUUAUGUUGCAUAUGUUAGUCUGUUGAUUUGAAGGCUUGCUAAAAUGAAAUGACCUCUUUAGUUGCGUUUUCAAAUGCUAUUCAGCUAUUCAUGUGCAGUGUGUACAAAUCAAAUGAAAUGUUUUUUCCCCUAAUUAUUUUGCAUUUUAUUUAGCCAAGAGCAUGUAAACGGACAUUUACGGAACGGAAUCUUAAGUCUUAUUUCAAGUGGUGUUUGUCAUAGGAAAUGUAUGUACAGAGAAACGAACGAAGAGCAUGCACUUUUAGUUGACUGCAUGAGACAAUGCUUGCUCUGAAGUGACAGUCCUCAUUUAGGGAAUGUGGACGGCAUGUUUCAGUAGCUGGGUCUCUUAGAUUGCUUAUAAGAAAACAAAAUGCUACAGACUAAAGAAAAGGUGUCAAAUUACAAUCGAGUAAUUGGU